ACAACGACCACGGCGGCGGCGAUGGCGGGCACCGCGCUCAAGAGACUCAUGGCCGAAUACAAACAGCUGACACUCAACCCGCCGGAGGGAAUCGUCGCAGGUCCCGCCAAUGAGGAGAACUUUUUUGAAUGGGAAGCGCUAAUCAUGGGACCGCAGGACACGUGCUUCGAGGGCGGCGUCUUUCCGGCCGUGCUCACCUUCCCCUCCGACUACCCGCUCAGCCCCCCCAAGAUGAGGUUCACCUGUGACAUGUUUCACCCCAACAUCUACCCAGACGGCCGCGUGUGUAUCUCGAUCUUACACGCGCCCGGCGAUGACCCCAUGGGCUAUGAGAGCAGCGCUGAACGGUGGAGUCCCGUCCAGAGCGUGGAGAAGAUCCUGCUAUCUGUGGUUAGCAUGCUUGCAGAGCCGAAUGACGAAAGCGGCGCCAACGUGGACGCCUCGAAAAUGUGGCGGGAGGACCGGGAUCACUUUUACAAACUGGCUCAGAAGAUCGUACGCAAGUCCCUGGGCCUUUAGUGUGAUCUCAACACCCGUGUGUGUGUGUGUGUGUGUGUGUGUGUGUGUGUGUGUGUGUGUGUGUGUGUGUGUGUGUGUGUGUGUGUGUGUGUGUGAGUGAGUGAGUGAGUUAGUGCGUAUACAUGCACUCACGCACGCAGCAGCAGCAUGGACUGCUUUGACCUUGGUCCGUGACAGCAAUGUGACGGUUGAUUGCACCGCCACCCUGAGAAGAGCUGACUCCAAGCCCCAUCAUCAGGAAGUGAUGUCACAUCAUGAGCCCUCCACUCCCGGCUGCUCAUUGGCCAUGUAAGAGAAUCACAUGACAUUGCAGAAGACUCAAAGGGAAGUUGCCAGCUCAUGACACGCUCACAUUGGGAGAGGUGUUUCUUUUCUAGGGAAAUCCGUUUGUGCUUUUCUUCCGUGUGCUUCAUAUCCUGCUUCAGGUCCUGACUCGUAAGACAAUUUAGCACACUCGUGGAGGGUAGUUGGAAUGUUGUUUCCUUUGCUACUUCUGGCGUCCUUGUACAAGUUGAAGUUGGCUAUGGAAGAACGGCAUUCAGAGCGGCCAUAAUUUACCGUGUGUGGAUUUGAAUCAUUAUUUCCUCCAAAAAUAAUCUUGAGUGCAACUUGACUUCAUCGCCGACUCCCAUCGCGGUGUCAUUUGACUGUUUGACAAGUAUGUUGUACAAUAAACAAAGAAACAAUGCAAAUGUUCAGAA